AUGCCGAGCCGGGCGGAGGACGAUGGAGGAGGCGACGCGGAGCCUUCGUCGCCUACGGCAACCGAUGCGGCAGUGGCGGGGCACGGUAAAGGCCGGUGCCCUCAGUGCGGGGGACGGAUAGGCGCUGGCAGCGCGGCGGCUUCGCACGAUCCAGUGGACCUUCAAGAGGUGCGCAUGAUGCGGGAGCGGUUCGCGAAGCUGCUGCUGGGCGAGGACAUGUCGGGCGGGUCCAAGGGCGUGUGCCCCGCGCUCGCCAUGUCCAACGCCAUCACCAACCUCUCAGUGUCGCUGUUCGGCGAGGGGCUGCGGCUACGGCCGCUAUCGGCGGACUGCAAGCGGCGGUGGCGCAUGGAGAUGGGGACGAUGCUGUCCGUGUGCCAGCACAUCGUCGAGCUCGUGCCGCACACGCAGACCAUGCCCGACGGCUCCACGCAGGAGGUGAUGGUGACGAAGCAGCGCGACGACAUGAAGCAGCAGCUGCCGGCGCUGAAGAAGCUGGACGACAUGCUGCUGGAGAUGCUCGACCAAUGCACCUCCACCGAAUACACCUACCCCAACGAAAAGCCCCCCACGCCCCACCGCGCCAAGCCCGACCCGUCCCCCAACGGCGCCGUGGAGAGGCGGCGCAACAGCAGGCACGCGGACGGGUGCGCGUGCGCGGAGUGCAGCGGGGAGGACGCGGGCGAGGGCGGCGGGAAGGACCGCGACCACCACCGGACGCGCUCGGAGUCGUUCGGGCACAGCAGCAAGGCCAAGUCCUCCGCCGCGCGCAGGCAGGCCAGCUUCGGCGGAACCAGCUCCGCGGGGGGGGACGGCGCAGGGGGGAGCGCGAGCAAGAGCACGUCUGGCGGGGGGGGCGUGAUGAAGGAGUCGAAGACGGGGCGGUGGUGGCGGCCGGUGCCGCGGGUGGCGGCAUGUGGGUUGAGUGAGGAGCUGAGGCGCAACUUGGAGCACGCUAUGGAGAAGUCCAACCAGGUCGUCAAGCUCGCCAUGGCCAUCAACACCCAGGCGCUCGAAGACAUGGCCGUGCCCGCUGCCUACACCGACAACCUCCCCAAGUCGGGCAGGGCGGCGCUGGGCGACCAGCUGUACGCGCUGAUAGUGGGCACGGCGUUCAGCGUGGAGCGCGUGGUGGACACCGUCGACCUAACCGAUGAGCACGCCGCCCUCAAACUCGCCUGCCGCCUCGAGGCCGCCUGCUUCCACUGGCGCCGCGCCACCCACACCUCCAGAGCCCCGCAGCUGACGCAUUCGUUCAGUGCGCACUACUCGACGGGCCCGUCAGCGCGCGACAUUUCCAAGUUUGAGGAGUACGCCAGCCGUGCCGAGGCGUGUCUGCGCAGCAUCAAGGACCGCUGCCCCGCUCUGCCGCAGACCACGCUCGACACCAGCAAGAUCCUCUACAACUCCGACGUGGGCAAGGCGGUGUUGGAGAGCUACUCACGCGUGCUGGAGGGAGUGGCCACGUCCGUGCGAUCGCGCAUCAACGACGUGCUGCACGCGCACCACCUCGCCUGCGACCCCUCCGCCGACUCCCCCGCCGCCUCCCCCGCGCACUCCACCACCCCGGGCAGUGCGGCAGCGGCGCAGGGAGUGGGCAAGGCGGGCAUGGGCAUGGGGCCGGUGGGCGGGUGUGAGCGGCUGCUGGACUUCAACCUGCAGCUGUCGGAGCUGGCAGCGCCUGACUAUGACGAGGCGGCCAGUGAGAUGGGCACGCCUGUGGGCACGCCCACCAGCGGUGCUGCGGGCAAUCCUCUGGAGUUCCGCCAGCACAGCCUGCCGCUGCGCUUUGGCCUGGAGGCGCGCAUGCAGAUGGAGGCGCGCGCCGCCAUGGACGCCGCUGCUGCUGCUGCCGCUGCUGCUGGCGCUGCCGCGGGUGCUGCUGGUGGGGGAGGGAGAGGCGACGGGGGCGGGGGGAGAGCGGGCACUCGUAGUGCGUCACACCUGGGUGGGGGGCAUGCAGCGCACCCUACCGGUGCAGGCAGUGGGGGUGCAGGUGGGGGAGCGGGAGAUGGAGGGGGGUCAGGCAGCCCGAGCAAUGGGCCAGGCAUGGUGCCUCUGAUCCGCUCCAAUACCUCCCCCACGCAGCGCCCGUCAGGGGGCUAUGACAUGUCAGGCAUGACAGCAGCGGCGGCAGCAGCCCAUGCGCAGCAGUACAUGUAUGGCAUGCGAGGCCCCUCCCCCAUGAACCCCUACGCCUCACAGCCGGCAGCGGGCGGCAGGCCGGGAGCAAGCAGCGCAAACGCAGCGGCCAUGGGUCAAGGGGGGCCGGCAGUGGCAGCGCAGGCAGCUGCCCUGCAGGCACAGGCGCAGGCAGCGGCGGCGGCGGCAGCAGCAGCGAGCAGCCGGCUGCAUCGGUCCAACUCGUGGAAGGGCUUCCUUCCCCGCAGGACUGCUGCACCCCCUGCUGCUGCUGCUGCCCUGCAAGCCCCUGUGCAGGGUGCAGGCGCUGCAGCAGGUGGUGGUGCCGGGGGCUUGGCUUACUCUGCCGGUGGGUUCUCCUCCGGUAGCUUCUCCUCCCAACCACCCGUGGUAGGGGGGGGCAUGGGCACGUAUGGGGGCUAUGGCAUGGGGUAUGGCGGAGGGGAUGUGGUGGGAAGAGCAGGAUAUGUGGGUGUGCAGGGGCAGGCAGGGACAUAUGGGCCGGGUGGUGGGGGUAGCGGGAGCAGCAGCAGCAGUGGAGGGGGAGGGGCUGGAGGAGGGAGUGGGCCGUUGCCUCCGCAUGUGCCCAAGGGAGGAUCGCGCAGGCAAUCGGCAGCAGAGUGUGUUGAUUCUUAG